UCGGUCUUAGAGAAAACCCCUCUGCAAACCAGCCUACACGUAUUCAACAGUCGACAGAAAACUUUAAUGUGUGUCAAUCUGGAGCUUACAGAUGAAGAGGUAAGGACGGUGAAUGCAUCUCCUGGAGUGCACCAACCUUCUGGUGGGCUGGAAGGUUUUUUGGGAUCACGGAGCGGACACAAACGCAGACACAGAACACACUCCAGUUCUGGAGAUGGCAUUAGCGAAAGCCAAGAGGGCAAAAUCAAGCUGACGUUGUUCAUGGCUGUAAUCGGCAUCAUGCUUACUGUGCUCGGGAUGGGAACAGAGUUCUGGGUGGAGCUUAAACCAUCCAAGAGCUUCUACAACAAUCAGACGUGUCUAGUAGCACAUUAUGGCUUAUGGAAAUGCUGUACCAAGAUGAUCUGGGUGUCAGAUAUGGACCCAAAGCAGGAGAUCUGUGGGCCUUUGCACUUACAGGGAGAAUCCAAUUGCACCUUCUUUAAGUUCUACACCACUGGAGAGAACAUUGUCCUAUUUCAGAAAACGCCAGAAAAGGCUCCAAUUAGAACGGAUGAUAAUAUAAAGGAAAUAAAGUAA